GCUGCAGAAAUGGCUGCUUUCUCAAUUCUCAUCAUUCAAUGACCCAACAAGAGGAAGAGGCUGAUGAUAAUGGAAACACCAGGGCAUUCCCUCUUUGGUUUCCUGCUAAUUCUACUUCUUGUUCAAGCUCAAGAUCAGUCAGACUUCAUUAGUUUAGACUGUGGAUUACCAGAGGGUACAAGUUACACUGAAACUUCGACCAAUAUUAGCUACAUUUCUGAUGCAUCCUACAUAAAUAGUGGUGUAAGUGAAAAUGUAACUUGGACAUACAGAGAUUCCCAUCAAAGGCAAAUGCUCAAGCUUAGAAGUUUCCCUCAAGGAAUAAGAAACUGCUACAAUGUAAGCAUUGUAAAGGGUACCAAAUACUUGAUUCGAGCGAGUUUCUUGUACGGGAAUUAUGAUGGCCUUAAUUUGCUACCAACAUUUGAUCUAUAUGUUGGGAACAGCUUGUGGGAAACAGUAAACAUCACUGACAAAGGCAUAGAUAUUGUCAAAGAUCUCAUACAUAUUACCUCCUUAAAUGAAGUUCACAUAUGUCUAAUCGAUACUGGAAAUGGAGUGCCAUUUAUUUCAGCAUUAGAAUUUAGACCUUUACUUAACAUGACUUAUCAAACAGUAUCGGGAUCCUUAUCACUUGCCGCUCGACUGGAUGUCGGUUCAACAGAUUAUCAAAAUUUCAGAUUUCCUUUUGACGUUUAUGAUCGCAUCUGGCCAGCAUAUAACUUCGAGGGGUGGACACAAGUAAGUACCAAGCACACUGUAGAUCCUAGUGGCAACAAUCACCAACUGCCAUCCAUUGUCAUGAAAACUGCUUCCACUCCAAUAAAUGGAAGCAAGCCUGCGGAGUUCUGGUGGGAUACAAUAGAUUCAUCUCAAUAUUAUGUGUUUAUGCACUUUGCUGAGGUUGUAGAGCUUCAACCCAACCAGAUUAGAGCGUUCAAUAUCACUCACAAUGGAGAUCUUUAUUUUGGACCUAUAGUUCCAAAUUAUUUGUCCACGUUGUCCGUUUUCAGCGAAAAACCAUUGGAGGCAGCAAAUAGACAUUUAUUUUCUUUCAUUGCAAUCAAGAACACAACACUUCCUCCUAUCGUUAAUGCUCUCGAGAUAUAUACAGCAAAAAAUAUAUCAGAGUUUGAAGCAGACCAAGGAGAUGUGGAUGCCAUUACCAAUAUCAAGUCAACUUAUGGAGUAAAGAGGGAUUGGCAGGGAGAUCCAUGUGUACCAAUACGAUAUCCCUGGAGUGGAUUAACUUGUAGCAAUGAAACUACCCCAAGAAUCAUAUCCUUGAACCUAUCUGCAAGUGAACUGAUAGGCGAAAUAUCUUCUUACAUAUCAAAUCUAACAAUGUUGCAAACUUUGGACUUGUCGUACAAUGAGUUGACUGGAGAGCUGCCAGAAUUCCUAGUAAAUUUUCCAAAUUUAAGAAAUAUUAAUUUAACUAGAAACAAAUUCACAGGCUCAGUUCCCAAGGCUCUCUUGCAAAGGGCUGAAGCUGGAUCACUUACAUUAAGUGUGGGUGAAAAUCCUGAUCUUUGUACAUCACUUAAAUGUGAUAACAAGAGGAAGAAUAACAAGAAGAAGAAGCACUUGCUUCUUAUAAUUCUCUCCACUAUAAUAUCUGUUAUUCUACCUAUCCUAAUGGGUAUUCUAGUAAUCUACAAAAGGAGAAAACAAAGAGAGAAUCUUAGAAGAUCGAUCGAAGAAAGGUUACUCAAAUCUAAGAAUCGGCAAGUUAGGUACUCUGAGAUACUGUUUAUCUCAGAUAACUUGAAGACAGUUAUUGGGGAAGGAGGAUUUGGAAAAGUAUACUUGGGUGCAGUGAGUGAUAGAACCCAAGUUGCUAUCAAGUUGCUGUCUAAAGCAUCACGACAAGGCUACAAUGAAUUCAGAGCAGAGGCUCAAAUAUUAACUGUUGUUCAUCAUAAAAAUCUGGUUGCUCUAAUUGGUUAUUGUGAUGAGGCGGAGAAUAAGGCGCUCAUCUAUGAAUUAAUGGCUAACGGAAAUCUACGCAAGCAUCUAUCCGCUUCGAGUACAAAGGUCUUGAGUUGGAUGGAAAGACUACAAAUAGCAGUUGAUGCAGCACAAGGACUGGAGUAUUUGCACAAUGGUUGCAAUCCACCUAUAAUUCACAGAGAUAUGAAGACUUCAAACAUCUUAUUGAAUGAAAGAAUGCAAGCCAAAAUAUCAGAUUUUGGACUGUCUAGAGUUUUUGCAAAUGAAAGUGAUACUCAUUUGUCCACAUGUCCUGCUGGCACUUUCGGAUAUGUCGACCCUAUGAUCCAUUCAUCUGGAAACUUCACCAAGAAAAGUGAUGUUUACAGCUUUGGGAUUGUCUUGUUUGAGCUGGUGACUGGCCAACCGGCCAUAAUAAAGGGCUCUGAGGACAACAUCCAUAUUGUGGAUUGGGCUAAGCCUUUGAUUGAAGAAGGCAAUAUCCAGAACAUUAUUGAUCCGAGGUUAGAAGGCUCCACAGGAAGUUGUUCUGUUGGGAAAUUUGUGGAGUUGGCUCUGUCGUGUACACUGUCAGCUUCAGCUGAAAGGCCUGACAUGAAUGACGUGGUGUCACAACUCAUUGAAUGUCUGAAGAUGGGUCAGGAAAGAACCCCACAGAUGCCACCUAAUAAUGCUGAGAACUUAUCUUACAAUUCAAUGGGCUCUGAAUUAUUAUUAAGUCCCAGAUAGA